AUGACAUCCAAACUCCUCAAACCCCUCGCUCGCACGCUUUCCGAGGAACCAUGCACCGAGUCCGAUGGAAUGACAGUCAUCGAAACCACGUUUGAUUUUAUACUCAAACUCACAACUGAGUUCGAUGACUUAGUAGUUGAGAUGACGACAAUUGAAACUCCUUCUCCCAAGCUAGAACCAUCAUAUCCGCUUCAACACUAUCGCAUAUUUCCAGAAUAUGGAACCGACUUCCUCUGGCGAGCCGAGGGGGACAUUGGUGACGACCAGCAAGGAUACACCGAGUCAGAAGAAGAACUCAGCUCGUACCCGUCUUCUGUGCUAGAGGUUUAUUAUGCAUGGAGCACUAACUGGGAGAAGAGAAUUAAAGAUACGCAGGACUAUCAUGCCCCCGUCUUCGCGGGUAGAAUAGAACAGGUGGCAUGGAAUGUCGCUGGGUAUAUGCUGGCUUGGCGCAUUGUUCUCAGUCCUGGUGUUGGAAGUAUCGAAUACACCCCUGGUUUUACGGAUUAUCUGCUUCAACGGGGGAAGGAAUCCACUGUGAUGGAAGGGUUCUUGAGAGAUCAGAUUGAGCUUUUCGCCAUAGGGGCUAAGGGGCUGCCAUGA